AUGUCGGGACCAAAUAGUGACCAGCUGCAUAGAUCCACUUUAAAAAUAUACUCGAAUCUGAUGGAGCAGUUCAACCCAGGCCUACAGAAGCUAGUGUCGCUGGGAAACACCUAUGCCAAGGCAUUCCAAGCCUUGGCGGUGACGAGUGAGGCGUACUUCAGUGCCCUGGCCAAGAUGGGGGAGCAGGCUCUUCACAGCGUAUCAUCUGGCUCAUUAGGUGAUGUCUUGAUCCAGAUUUCAGACAGUCAAAGGAGACUCACAGCUGAAUUGGGAGGACUUUUUCAGUGGUUCCAGGCAGAAGUGUUGCAAGUGAUGGAGAAUAACAUCAAGCUGGAUGAAGACUAUAUCGCUGGCAGCAGGAGGCACUACGAGGUUGAGGUGAGGAACCAGGCAGCGGCUCUGGAGAGGCAGCUGAGAAGAGGGGCUUACAGGGACACGCUGGAGAGCAGUGAAUACAUGCAGUACCUCAGGCAGAGCCAGCGAGAGGCCUUGGUGGAGGAGGAGAGGAGGUAUCGUUUCCUGGCAGAGAAACACUGUGGCCUCACACAGACCUUGUUCUACCUCAUCAAAAAGACAGUUACGUCUCUACAGCAGAAGGCAGAUGGGUGGAAGGAGCGAGUGAACGAAACAAGAAUACCCAGAGCCCGCAGUCCUUUGCUUCUUGAUCAGGAUGCAGCGCUCCGAAGUUCAGUUGCUUCACUCCUACAGACAGGAGAGGAGGACAGAGAGAGAGGCUGGACUAGCAGGGAUCAUCAACCACUGGGCAAAGUGCCCUCUAGAGCACCCUCUCCCCUGCCCAGCCGCUCACGCUCCAGCUCUGUGGGGGAGUCUCUGGGGAUGGGCGGGGGGAAGCAGAUGCGAGCGCUGGUCACUCACCCCGCCUCCUCAAACCCGACGCUGCUGCCCUUCUCCCGGGAUGAGAUAGUGACCGUGAUGGUGCAGGAGCCGCGGAACGGCUGGUUGUAUGGCUGGACGGAGAGCAACAUGCGUCAGGGCUGGUUUCCAGCUGCUUAUGUGGGACCCCUAGAGGACACCCCUAAAUCAUGGUCCAGUGACGCCACACCCAGAAGGCACAGUGCAAAUAACGUGCUGGAGCAGACGGACCGCAGAAGCUACAACGAGGGUAAAAGCUACAAUGAGAUCCCAGCCCCGGCUCCAGCCUCGAGGAGGGGAUCAACUGAUCUCCGUCCGGUCACUCCAACCCCGGACAGGAGAGCGGAAUCUUCCACUGAAAGCAAGAGUGCAGCGUCACAGCAGGGAGGCCGUCCGGAACUCUUUCCCAGGGGAACGAACCCUUUUGCAACAGUGAAGCUUCGCCCAACAGUCACCAAUGACAGAUCAGCCCCUCGGAUUCACUGA